AUGAAUUCGGAUAUUAUUGAUCCCGGUUUGUUUGAUAUUCCACUUCAACAACCUGCUUUGUUGUCACAUGGCGACUCCUCUGGUAGCUGUCUUAACACCCGUCGCGUAUAUCGGCCUGUGUCGGAGGAGAAGCGGAAAUCGAGGGAGUAUCGUGUGUCACGGGAACGGAAUAACAGAGCGGUGCAGCGCUGUCGGGCCAAUAAUAAGGUUAAGCAGGACUGCCUUGUUAUCAAAUCUGAGGGCUACCGUGCGUUGGCUGAAGAGUACAGAAAAGCUACUUACGAGCUGGACGCUGAGCGCAAGAGACUAGAGGAGUUUUUUCGGAUGCGCAUGGCCACCGGUCAAGAUACGGGACAUUUGCAGGCGCUUUUGGGCGAAGAAAAUGUGACGCGGGCAGCCUUUGAGGAACACAUCGAAACGAUUCGAAAGAGGUACGCGAGACGCGUACAGGCGGCUACCGAGGGACGCCAGACUGACAUUUCCAUCACCACUUCUCCUCCCUCCUCCGCCUCACCUCCUUACUCCCUCUCCAGUCAGUCCUCUCUGAGGCCUCAAGAAUUGUGA